CUGCUCCCCGGCGUGCGCUGCGCCCGCAGCCUGCUGCCAACCUGGAUAUGGCUCAGUUUAUUCUCCUCCGGAGAAUGAAUCUAUCCUGCCUGGUCUUCUCUUCCUCUUCCUUACCUCCUCUCAGCUCCGAGUCUUAAGAGGGGAAAAUUAAGACAGAUUCCAAUGUGGAGUGCCGUGCACGUCGCGAGCUGCCGGGUUUGCACUUCGAGGAGAUUUUUCUAUUUAUUUUUUUCUAACAUGAGCGCAGGGAAGCAGUGGCAUUACUGCUUUUCGGAUUUUUAUUUUCCAGUAGGGAUCUUUUAAGUGCACGUUGCAUUGGGUUGACGCUCCACCCCCCCGGGACUUGGUAGCACCGAAAAGGCCGAGUUACCUAGCUCUCCGUGAGUGUCGAGGAGGACAUGACCGAAAAGACCAGCGAACUCAUUUUUUGUAGGACUCGGUGAAGCUGGAUCCCGCGUUUUCCUACGUAUAGACUCAUUUUGUGGAAUAGAGUUGACCGCUGUCUCCUCCGCGCAGCAAAUGCCACCUCAGUUUAUUUGAACGUUUUGGUAUUUACGAGAGAGAAAGCAUUUUACUUAAGGAAACCAAUUGUCAGCAUCAUUGAAAUACCUCCGGAAAAGGACCUCGGGGGGUGGAAAAGCAACUGCGAAAUAGCAAACAGAGAAAUUCCUUUGGAAGUUAUUCCGUAGCAUAACAGCAGAAACUUCAGCGCAAGUUUUCAUUGGGCAAAAUGGGGGAACAACCCAUCUUCAGCACUCGAGCUCAUGUCUUCCAGAUUGACCCAAACACAAAGAAGAACUGGGUACCCACCAGCAAGCACGCAGUUACUGUGUCUUAUUUCUAUGACAGCACAAGAAAUGUGUAUAGGAUAAUCAGUUUAGAUGGCUCAAAGGCAAUAAUAAACAGCACCAUCACCCCAAACAUGACAUUUACUAAAACAUCUCAGAAGUUUGGCCAAUGGGCCGAUAGCCGGGCAAACACUGUUUAUGGACUGGGAUUCUCCUCUGAGCAUCAUCUUUCAAAAUUUGCAGAAAAGUUUCAGGAAUUUAAAGAAGCUGCUCGACUAGCAAAGGAGAAAUCACAAGAAAAGAUGGAACUUACCAGUACACCUUCACAGGAAUCAGCAGGAGGGGAUCUUCAGUCUCCUUUAACACCAGAAAGUAUCAAUGGGACAGACGACGAAAGAACACCUGACGUGACUCAGAACUCAGAGCCAAGGGCUGAACCAACUCAGAAUGCAUUGCCAUUUUCACAUAGUUCAGCCAUCAGCAAACAUUGGGAGGCUGAACUGGCUACCCUCAAAGGAAAUAAUGCCAAACUCACUGCUGCCCUGUUGGAGUCCACUGCCAACGUGAAACAAUGGAAACAGCAGCUUGCUGCGUAUCAAGAGGAAGCAGAACGUCUGCACAAGCGAGUGACUGAGCUUGAAUGCGUCAGUAGCCAAGCAAACGCAGUGCAUACCCAUAAGACAGAAUUAAAUCAGACAAUACAAGAAUUGGAGGAGACACUGAAAGUGAAGGAAGAGGAAAUAGAAAGAUUAAAACAAGAAAUUGAUAAUGCCAGAGAACUGCAAGAACAAAGGGACUCUCUGACUCAGAAACUACAGGAAGUAGAAAUUCGGAACAAAGACCUGGAGGGACAGCUGUCUGACUUAGAGCAACGUCUGGAGAAAAGUCAGAAUGAACAAGAAGCUUUUCGCAAUAACCUGAAGACACUUUUAGAAAUUCUUGAUGGAAAGAUAUUUGAAUUAACAGAAUUACGAGAUAACUUGGCCAAGCUACUAGAAUGCAGCUAAGGACAGUGAAAGUUCAGUGCCAAUAGAUUAAAAGAUACACUGUCUCUCUUCAUAGGACUGUUUGGGCUCUGCAUCAAGAUUGCACAAAAAAAAAAAAAAAAAAAAAAA